AUGUUCUUUUUGAAGCAGCUCUCGCGCGACUUGCUGCUGCAUCCGAUGCACUUUGGGCCUAAAUUGCACGACAUUAUACGUUUGCGUUUAAUUGAGGAGGUAGAGGGAACAUCAAUGGGUAAGUAUGGCUACGUCAUUACGGUUACGGAGGUGCGCGACGAGGACAUCGGCAAGGGUGUGAUCCAGGACAAUUCAGGCUUUGUGUGCUUCAAUAUUCGUUACCGCGCUAUCCUCUUUCGUCCAUUCAAAAAUCAAGUACUUGACGCCGUUGUCACAGUCGUAAAUCAGCUUGGAUUUUUUGCGGAUGUGGGUCCGCUACAGGUCUUUGUGUCCCGACACGCCAUGCCUACGGAUCUCAACAACGGCUACGAUCAUGAAAGCAACGCAUGGAUUUCAGACGAUCGAGAGGUCGAAAUUCGAAAAGGUUGUGGUGUGCGACUUAAGAUCAUGGGCGUCAGUGUUGAUGUUACUGAGAUCAACGCUAUUGGAACCAUUAAGGAUGACUAUCUAGGUCUCAUCUCAUCCGACAAUUAG